GGGUCCUGAUUGCCCAUGAGUUGCUGUUUGCCUGUGCCACGGGAAUCGGGUAGAGCUGAGGCUGCACUUUUUAAGGUGAAUUUCCCAGCCUCUUCCCUGCUGGGCUCGUGUUCGUCUCCCUCCUGAGCGGACCCGCAGGAAUGCGUGCAUAUUCAGCUGAGAUACAAGCGUACCCAAUCCACAGUCCCUGCCGUUCAAGCUAGCAGGUCGCAGAUGCAAGGGGAUCAGAUUUUUCUUUUCCUUCUUUCUGACAGAACUCAAAUCUGUUUUGUCUGGCGUCACAGUUGCAUUUUGUGCUAAUUGUCUCCCUACCCGGAUCUCACCUUCACUCCCUGAACACCGAAUGAUACCCCCACAUUUGGUUUUUCUUAUCUGUUUAUUUCCUAGAACAUAAUCUGUUUAAUUCCUAGGAAAAAGGGAAGACAAUCAUGGUGGAUUGACUGAACUGACAUUUUCUAUUACUUGUGUUCACAGCAAUGCCAAUGAUAGACAAGGGUAGCCGUGGGCAUUCAAAUCAGAUCAGAGGCAACAUAACUGGAACAAAGAAGCUCACAGAUUUUAGCUUUUGUUUCUACCAAUUUGGAAUCAUACAUGGCUUCAGAUGGCAAUGGUCUUCUUCAGGUUCCCUUGCGUCAGAAGCCGAGAAAGCAAGCUCCAGGCUUUUUCGCCAUGAGCCGGAGGAGGAUCUCCUGUAAGGACCUGGGGCACGCCGACUGCCAGGGGUGGCUUUACAAGAAGAAGGAAAAGGGGACCUUCCUAAGCACCAAAUGGAAAAAGUUCUGGGUGGUGCUGAAGGCGUCGGCGCUAUACUGGUACAGCAAUCAAAUGGCAGAUAAAGCCGACGGAUUCGUAAACCUGCCCGAUUUCACUGUGGAGAGAGCAUCUGAGUGCAAAAAAAAGCAUGCUUUUAAGAUCAGCCAUCCUCAGAUCAAGACCUUCUAUUUUGCAGCCGAGAAUACGCAGGAAAUGAACGUGUGGUUAAACAAGCUUGGAUUAUCUGUAAUCCGUCAAGACUCCACUACAAAGGACGAAGAGUGCUACAGUGAGAGUGAACCGGACGACCCUGAAGUGGCCAUGGAGGCGGCAGCCCCUCCUUGCUCGGCGGAGACCGUGUCCCCUUUGGCGGCAGAGCAGGCAUCUUCAUCUCUACCCAAGCCUAGUGAAACAUCGUGUUCCUGCUCUUCCCUGGAAAAUACCAUAAAGAGACACAGCACAUUGUCCUCUUUAUCUAAAGAAAGACAGUCCUGGAGCGACAUUAACAGUUCGUCUGCCACUGAAGAUGUGGGACAAUGUAUAGCAGUUGCUGUGCAGCUUCACCCACCUGCACCCUCAGAGGCAGACAAUCUGAGGGCCCCGGAGAACAGCCUCGCCGUGUCAGAAAGUGGACUUCUGAACCCUCUGUCUGGCGGUGACACAUCUUCCUUGAGUAGCAACCUAGACCAUCUUACUGUCCCAGACAAGCCCACUGGAGCAAGGACGAUGGGCAGAGAAGAAACAAAAGUAACUGAAGAUGAUGAAAUGGAGAAGCUCUACAAAUCGUUAGAGCAAGCCAGUCUAUCUCCUCUUGGGGACCGACGACCUUCAACCAAAAAGGAGUUGAGAAAGUCCUUCGUGAGGCGGUGUAAAAAUCCAUCCAUCAAUGAGAAACUCCACAAAAUCAGAACCUUGAAUAGCACAUUAAAGUGUAAAGAACAUGACCUGGCCAUGAUUAACCAGUUGCUGGAUGAUCCAAAGCUGACAGCCAGAAAAUACAGGGAGUGGAAGGUCAUGAACACCAUGCUGAUUCAGGACAUCUAUCAGCAGCAGCAGGACCCCACGUCUGCCCCUGAAGGCACCGCCUAGGGACUCGAGAAACCACCUUCCUUGGCUCUGUUGAAAAUUCUAUUUGAGAACAAGCCAGAAUUCUCCCUCUCCUUCUCCCAAGCAGCUCUUUAAGAUGUUGCAAGAACCUACAUU